AGCUCACGCUGCUGUCUUUCUAUCGCUCGCCUCAUUCUCUAAAACGCAGUGAGAUGUUGUAAGCUCUGUUUGUUAAAUCUGGUGACAGAGUGCAGUUUAAUACAGGCUGCUGUGUAGACGCUUUUCUGCAGGCGGGCUAUAGAGGAAACAACGUGCUUUGAAUGCAGAGCAGACUUUCUGUAGUGCAGCCCGGGCUCCAGUCAAAGCCAUAAAACAGAGAAAUCACUCCAACGGAGCGCAUUACAGACUCACUUCAAUUAAAGGCUUCGUCUCCCUGCCUUUAUUCGGAGGACAUCAGGCUCGGGGCUAUUCAAGAAGAAGAGCGGGAGAGGGACAUUAAAAUAAAGCACAUCCGAGGAGAGCAGCUGAGGAGAGAGUCCGCGCUUUGAGAUGCUUUAGUGGCUUCACCAGACUCAUGGCUUCGCUUUACCAGAGAUUCACGGGGAAGAUUAAUACCAACACAUCUUUCCCCCAUCCACCUGAAGCCAGUCGUCUCCUGGGUGGACAUGUUCCCGAAGAGGAGAAUAAGACUGGGAAGAGUCCUCAUCACCCCUCAUCCCGACCCCCGGUCCAGUACCGCAAGAGAAACGCCUGCGAGGAUGAAGACGAGCUGGUUGGCAGUAGCCCUCCGCAGAAGAACUGGAAGGGAAUCGCCAUCGCCCUGCUGGUCAUCCUGGCCAUCUGCUCUCUGAUCGUCACCUCCGUCAUUCUACUCUCACCAAAUGAUGAUGACAGUCUGGCCUCCAAGAAGAAAGUCACGAUUGAGGACAUGUUCAGUGGGAAGCUCCAGGCACACGACCCUGAGGUAGCAUGGAUUAGCGACACUGAGCUGCUGUACCGUACCCCUGACGGCAAUGUGAUGGAACUCAAUGUGCUGUCCAAAACCAACAAGACUUUGGCAGAGGGCAAGAUAUUCGAGAGUUUCAAAAACCAGGGAUCCUACAAACCGAUCAAACUCCAAGUAUCUCCUGAUCUAAAAUAUGUGUUGGCGGCCUACAAUAUUGAACCGCUUUAUCAGUAUUCCUUCACGGCCUAUUACGUCAUCUGCAGCCUUGAUUCUCCAGAGAAAGUGGAGCUGACCCCUAAUGAGGUGCAGAGCACCGUACUGCAGUACGCCGGAUGGGGUCCCACAGGACAGCAACUGAUGUUCAUCUUUGAGAAUAACAUCUACUACAAAGCGCAAGUGAACAGUUCUUCAAUCCGCCUGGUGUCCACAGGCAGUCUGGGAGUCGUAUUUAAUGGACUUGCUGACUGGCUCUAUGAAGAGGAGAUCUUCCAGAGUCACAUCGCUCACUGGUGGUCACCAGAUGGUCUCAGACUGGCAUAUGCCACCAUCAAUGACACUCUGGUGCCCAGGAUGGAGAUACCCAUGUUCACAAAUGCGCUGUAUCCCAGCGGACAGGAGUACCGCUACCCUAAAGCCGGGGAGGAGAACCCUGAUAUCUAUUUGUCAGUGGUGAGUCUGAACGGCCCUUUACACACAGUGAGGAUGAGGAAACCAGAGGACCCCAGGAUCAGGAAAGAUUACUACAUCACCAUGGUGAAGUGGGCAACCAGCACCAAACUAGCAGUAAACUGGCUGAACCGAGCGCAGAACAACUCCAUCCUGACCUUGUGUGAGGCCACAACAGGCAUCUGCACAAAGAAACAUGAAGAUGAGAGUGACAGCUGGCUUCACAGACAGAACGAACCCCCGCUGUUCUCCAGAGACGGAUACAGGUUCUUCUUCACCCGAGCCGUUCCACAAGGAGGCAGAGGGAAGUUCUUCCACAUAUCCAUGUCCACUUCCCAGCCCAACAGCAGCACAGACACGCUACAGUCGCUGACGUCAGGAGACUGGGACGUGACGCAGAUUUUAGCCUACAACGAGGACACCAAACUUGUAUACUUUCUGAGUACAGAAGAUGAUGCAAGACGGCGUCAACUCUACAGCGCCAACACCACAGGAUCCUUCAACCGCCGCUGUCUUUCCUGUAAUUUAAGCUGUGGAUACAUCAGCGGAUCAUUCAGUCCAGAUACUAACUACUUCCUUCUCAACUGCAAAGGGAUUUUAAAAAGUAGACAAAUAUAUUUCUCUGACCAUCUUCUGUAUGUGAUUCACUCAGAGCUGCUGGAUGUGGAGCUCAAUAAGCAGUUGAACACCACUGUGAACAACACGCAGAUGCCCAAAGUAGAGUACAAAAAGAUCAGCAUAGAUGACUACUGUCUGAACAUGCAGAUUGUGAAGCCAGCGGGGUUUACAGAGACAGCUCACUACCCCUUACUGCUGCUGGUGGACGGCACCCCUGGUGGUCAGAUGGUGACGGAGCAGUUCCAGGUGGACUGGACCACGGUGCUGGUCAGCUCCUUCAACACCAUAGUCAUGCGUCUGGACGGCCGCGGCAGUGGCUUUCAGGGCACAAACCUCCUCCACCGCAUCAAGAAGAAACUGGGGGAGUUUGAGGAGAGAGACCAGCUGGAAGCUCUUAGAAUUAUCUCACAGCUGCCAUACAUUGACAGCUCAAGAGUUGGAGUUUCUGGAAAGGCAUAUGGAGGAUAUCUGGCCAGCCGACUAUUACGCUCAGAUGAAAAUACAAAUAUGUUUCAAUUCAAAAUCAAGUGUGGCACCGUCAUCUCCCCCAUCACUGAUUUCUCUUUAUACGCUUCUGCAUUUUCUGAACGCUAUUUAGGAUCACCGCAGUCCAGUAAGAGAGGAUACGAGAUGGCAUGCUUAACAGACCACAUGGAGCAACUGAGGGACAAAAAACUCAUGCUAAUUCACCCGACGGCGGACGAGAAAGUCCAUUUUCAGCACACGGCCAAAUUGAUCAACCAUCUGAUAAAUGAGAAAGCUAAUUAUACAUUACAGAUCUACCCAGAUGAAGGCCACUUCCUUCACUCGAGAGACUCGCAGCUACAUCUGAGUCAAUCGCUGGUCAACUUCUUUGUGGAGUGUUUCAGACCCCCAGAGAUACCGAUUGAAGAUAAAGUGGAGCAGGACAACGAGGAUGAUGGUUAAAGUUCUGCUCAGAUCCAGCACAAGCCAGCUUACAGCCCAAUAUGCAAACUCCUCCUCUCCAUCCCCCACUCCUCCAUCCCCAUAGUAUUUCUGAUGGCUUCUCCUGAGCCUCUGCAUAGACCACGCCCCUCAACUCUGAUUGGCUCACUGCCUUCAGGAAAGAAUCUGAAUGACUUGGUGAUAUAAUAACCUGUGGAGGUACAUGAUGAACCAACUCAUACUCAAAGCACCACACAAGCAGUAUGAGAAAACCAGCUGGACGUGCGUGAUUCAGUCAAAACUCUUUUGCUUGUGUUCUGUAAUUCAUGCAUUGCUGACAGAAAGCUUUAAGAGACGACAGCACAAUAUACAGAAGAAUGAUUGGCCGGAAUUAAAAGCUGCAAAUUUACUCAAUAGCAUUAUUUUCCCUGCUGUGUAACGUUCUGAUGAGUUCAAACCAGUUUACGGCCUUUAUUUGGGUAUAAAUGUCCUUGUGAACCCAUUUGUUUCUGUCGUCAAUGUCAUCGUUAUCAAGCCUAUUCAUCCUGAAUGAAUUUGUGCGAAAUAUUUAUAAAACCAUUUCAUAUGUCAGUUGACUGUGGUAAUUUACAUAAAAAAUUAUUGGAGCUGAACAAAUGUGCAUAAAGCAUUUACAUACAAAUUUAUACAGGAAUUUGUUCUGCUCAUUUCAUGAGGCUAUUUGUUCCAUCAAAUGUGCUACUGUAAAACAGUUGUUGUAACUAUCCACAUCAGCGUCCGCAUGAGGGCACAAUGGCAUAUUGUUCAUUUGUGAAUCGGCCCUUUCUGAAAAGUAGUCUUGAUUUUUUUUUUUUUUUUAGUGCAGCUGCAAAUGGAUAUUCAUUUAGUCACUGUGCCUUAUUGGAGUAAACCUGCUUAAGACAGGCAGUCCAUGAGGUAGGACCAAUAAUUUAUGGACAAAUUAAAAAAAAAAAAAAAAGUUUAGAAAUAAAGUUUUAUGUUAUCAAAGAGAACCAUGCCACAAUCCUGCCAAGAACAUUUUCUUUACAGUCCUGUGUACUAGUUGAGUUGUAAAGUAAUCCAGUAGAUUAUCUGUGAACACAGAAUACAUAGGACUAGUGUCUUUGGGCAGGUCUGUUUUAUGUGUCUUGUUUUUCUCAUAUGUGGUUACAAAUGUCUUUGAAAAAACGUUAUGCAUAGAAUAUAUUUUCUUGCUCUAUAAUUUGGCAUGGAGGCAAGAUGGUUUCUUUUGUUUUAAUGUAUCUAUUUACGUGUUGUUACUUUUGACAGCUUGAAUGUUCCUAUGUGGUUCCACUGAAUUUAUUGUUGUAAGUGAAAUCCUGUCUUGUAAACAGACGCACUGACGCGUGUCAAUUACAACUGUUUUGGUCCCUACUUGUGUGUACCCUGUACAUAAAGCAUUUUGAAAGC